ACAUCUGCGCGCGUGCGAAUGCAUGCUUGUUGAAGAAGCGCGGGUAUAUAAGCCGACAGGAAAUCCAUUCAGGUUCAAAACAAAGACUCAAGCCUGCUGUACAUGAUAGACAAAAACGUGACCAUGAAGACUGGAAUUUGGAUACUUGUUACACUUGCUGCGGCUUUUGCAGCGGAGAAGCCGGGAAACUGUCCUGUUAACUCGACAACUAUUGUUGAUGUGGUGACACAGCCAGCAUGUGUCUCAGACGUCGAUUGUAUGGGAACAGCUAAAUGUUGCGGCUCUGUGUGUACACAACCUGAGUGUGACGCCGGCGACCGUCCUGCACAAUGCCUAGUUAACCCGUGCACAUACGAAACGUGCUUAAUACCAGGAGCUAUGUGUUACCAAGAUCCAUGCGCCGACACGUGUGAAGCUGUCUGGCUCACUGAAGACAGUGACGUAACAUACGAGUGUUUGGAAUUAGAGAUUGAAGAAGAAUAUGAUGAAGGAUAUGAACUCGAUGAUGAUGAUGACGAAGAUGCUGAGGCUGAUGAUGAUGAUGAUAUCGAUGGAGUUGAAAAGAAAAUGCGAUGGAAAGAAAGGAAGGCAAGACGGAAGGCUAAAAAGCAAGCUUUUCUUCAGAAGUUAGCAGAGAAAAGAGAGCAAAAGAAACAAGCCAUAGAAGACAGACGGGCAGCGAAAAUUGAAAAAUGGGAAAGCAAAGGGAAACAAGGGAAGGUGGAACGUUUCCAGGAAAAAUGGGCAAAUAAAGACGAAACAAUAAAUGAAAGGUUGGACGCCAAAAGAGACAAGAAAUUGGCAAAGAAACAAGAAAGAAAGGAAGCGAGAAAAGAAGCGAGACAAGAGAAGAGACAAAUGAAGAAAGAGAUGUCCCCGGAGGAACUUGAGGCAUUUAAAGAGGAGCAAAAGGCAAAAAGAACUGAACAAAAACAGAUGAAAGAACAAAUGAAAGAAGAGAGAAAGGAGAAGAGGAAAAAAAUGAUGGAACAGAAAAAGCAAAACAAGAUGAAUAUGAAGAACGAGAAGAAGGCAAAUAAAUGGAGUUUAAGAAAGGAACGAAAGCAAAAACAUGAAAAGCCUGGGAACUGUCCAGUAAAUCAGACAUCUAAUAGUGAGGUGGUGACACAGCCAGAGUGUGUCUCAGACUUCGACUGUAUGGGACAAGCCAAAUGCUGCGGCUCUGUGUGUACACAUCCAGAGUGCGACAUUGGAGACCGAACGAUGCAAUGCUUUGUUAACCCGUGUACAUCCCUAACGUGCUCAAUACCUGAAGCUAUGUGUUACCAGGAUCCGUGCGCCAACACGUGUGAAGCUGCCUGGUUCACUAAAAACGGUGACGUCACAUACGAAUGUUUGGAUUUGGAGACUUACGACGAAGAUGAUGAAGGGAAAAUGUCAUGGAAAGAAAGAAAGGCAAGACGAAAGGCUAAAAAGCAAGCUCUUCUACAGAAGCAGGCAGACAAAAGAGAGCAAAAGAUACAAGCUAUAGAAGAGAGACGGGCUAAGAAAAUUGAAAAAUGGCAAAGUAAAGGCAAACAUGAAAAAGUCGAACGUUUCCAGGAACGAUGGGGAAACGCAACUGUAGAAGAAAGGCUUGAAGCCAAGAGAGCCAAGAAAUUAGCAAAGAAACAAGAAAGAAAGGAAGCGAGACAAGAGAAGAAACAAUUGAAGAAAGAUAUGUCACCGGAAGAACUUGAGGCAUUUAAAGCAGAGAAAAAAGCAAAUAAGGUAGAAAAACAACAGAAGAAGAAAGCAAUGAAAGAAGAAAGAAAGGAGAAGAGAAAAGAAAUGAUGAAACAGAAAAAAGAAAACAAGAUGAAUAUGAAGAAUGAGAAAAAGGCAGCAAGACAGGAACGAAAGCAAAACCGUAAGAUGAUGAGACAAGCACAGUAACCGUUAUACAUGACAAUGAAAUAUACAUGAAGUUGUAACCAGGGAAUUAUUUUCCAGAUCAAUUCCUAAUACGAGGAGUGUUUCGAAAGUUAUGAUACAAGUCUAAUCUUCCAUUUACAUGGAUUUUAAGAAGCAUAAAAAUAUAUGGUUUGUGAUAAAGUUUAUUAUCAGCAUAUAUGUACAAUGUUACGUUAACCUGUCAGCUAAGAUAUCGAAUUGGUUUGAUCUCUGACAUAUGUUUGUGCAUAUGCUCUAUGUGUUUACUUAAAAUGUAUAAACUGUAUAUAGUUUUCUCUCACUUAAAACUUAAAUUACAUUUUAAUCGGCCGAUGUAUCACUGUGAUAAGUUUGCGAUUAAUUUAAUUAAGUGAUGAAGAGUAGUUUUGAAAUUUACAUCAUAAAAUUAAAUGUUUUAAGUAGACGUCAUAAGAUUUAACACAAAAAGAUAACAUUUUGAUAUACUAAUUUUGUUUUGGAUAGAGCGUAAUUAAAUUCAGUGCAUGUCAAUUUCAUAAAGAAAUUUUUAAACUUUGAAACUCCAGUACUGUUUUUGUUAUGUAAUAAUAAUGUGAUUUUCAUAGCUGCCUUGUGGCAAAAAAAGCCAGUGCCUUCGGCUCUACUACGCUUGUACUUAUAAACAUGUACAACAUAGAUACCUUCAUUUGAUACCAUUUCAAAGCAACAGACCUUUCUAUUAAUGUUUCUUGCACAUGAUUCCGGUUAGUUUUAACCCUUAGCCUAUUCCGCCUUUGCGUCAGUGCAGACCAAGAUCAGACUGCACAUUCAGUCAGUAUCUUUUUUGGUAAGCAUCCUUUUAACAGUUAAUGGUACUGUCCAAAUUGAAAGAUGGACUAGUUCAUUAUAGAAAUUUAGCCGGGUAAGGGUUAAAGAAGUUAUGAAGCAAGUAUCAUUACUUUCUGAACAACCAUCAUAAUCUUUAUGUCUUCUUUUGAUUUUGUGCGUUUCAUACAUUGCAUAUGUUAAGUAUAUGUAUUUAUGCAUUACUGUUCUGACUCACAGGCACGAGUAUCAUACCUAGGAUGAGAAAAUAUGACCAGAAGAUAAAUUCUCAGGUUUUAAUCCUAUAUCAAUCCAUGUGAUAUAUGUACGUUUACUAUACACUGUAGAUGGUAUAUAUCAUUUGAAAGGAGCUCAUAUUUAAGUACAUAUUUUCUUUCAUUUUGAAUUGAUUUAGGAUGAAAACAUGGGAUUUUUUUAUCUGUCUGGUCGUACUGUGUUCAUUCAAAGUAUUAUACUCAUGCCUGUGUUUUGACUAACUCACUACGUUUUUUCUUUUGCUUUUAUUUCCUCUAUCAUAUUAUAAUGCUGUUGAUCGGCUGUCACAUUUCAUUACUUCAUUUAUGAUAAUUUAUGAAAAUAAUAAAAUUGAAAUAUUCUUA